AUGAGGAGGAAUGCCUUCGCCGCUCUCUACCGUCACACCGGCUCCAUCUCUAUCUCCGCAAAAUUACGACAUGAGAGUGUAGCUGAGAUUAUAUUAGGUAAAAGCGUGCCGCUUGAAUAUCUGAGAAGAUUGGGUUCCUGUUCCCCUUCUUGGCUGUUGCAUCAAAAUUCAUAUUCUACUGGUUUCACCAGCGUUCACGGUGAAACACCAUCUCCUGAUUAUGCAAGGAGGAGGAGGGAGUCACUGGAAGAUAAAUUUGGGCUUGCUCUUGGAACUUACAGCUCUAAAAGUUUCAAUGCUAUAUACCGGUUUGGUCCUUUUUUGGCUUUGUACAGGGCUGCAAUUAUUUCAUUUCAUGUGUUCAGGCUUACUAUGUGGCAGUUGUUCCUUCAAGACAUACAAAAACGAGCAGUUAAGUUUCGUGAAACUCUAAUACGCUUGGGUCCUUUCUACAUUAAGCUCGGGCAGGCGUUGAGCACUAGACCUGACAUAUUACCAACAGUAUACUGUCAAGAACUUGCUAAGUUACAGGAUCAAAUACCUCCAUUUCCAACUAAUGUUGCAAUUAGAUCUAUUGAAACCCAGUUUGGUGCUCCUAUUGAUAAAAUUUUUAGUGACAUUAGCCCAGCACCUAUUGCAGCAGCAUCAUUAGGGCAGGUUUAUAAAGCUCACCUGCAUUCAGGAGAACUUGUAGCUGUUAAAGUUCAGAGGCCUGGCAUGUCACUUUCGUUGACCCUUGAUGCUUUGCUAUUCCAUAUGAUUGGGGACCAAUUUAAACGGUUUGCAAAGGCUCGCAAAGAUCUUCUAGUAGCAGUUAAUGAAAUGGUCAGGCACAUGUUUGAUGAAAUUGAUUAUGUCCUAGAGGGGAAAAAUGCUGAGCGAUUUGCUUCUCUCUACUGUGCGUCUUCAAGCGGAGGUAGUAUAAAAAACAAUAGAACAAAGUCAAUCAAAGCUCCCAAAAUAUACUGGGACUAUACAUGCACCACUAUACUGACUAUGGAGUGGUUAGAUGGAAUUAAGCUUACAGAUGAAACAGGCUUGAGUAAAGCUUCUUUGAACAGAAGGGAACUCAUUGACCAGGGAUUAUACUGCUCUCUGAGGCAAAUGCUUGAGGAAGGUUACUUUCAUGCUGAUCCUCAUCCGGGAAACCUUGUUGCGACAAAUGAUGGAUCACUUGCAUAUUUUGACUUUGGAAUGAUGGGGGAUAUUCCUAGGCAUUAUCGUAUUGGACUUAUUCAAAUGAUUGUGCACUUUGUUAAUCGCGACUCUCUGAGCUUGGCAAAUGACUUCCUUUCUUUGGGAUUUAUUCCUGAAGGGGUUGAUAUACAUUUAGUUUCUGAUGCACUGCAAGCAUCCUUUUCUGACAGGAGUCAUCGGACUAGUGAAUCUCAAGAUUUCCAGGGAAUCAUGAACCAACUAUAUGCUAUCAUGUAUGAAUUUAACUUCUCCCUCCCACCAGACUAUGCUCUGGUUAUAAGAGCACUGGGAUCACUAGAAGGGACAGCUAAAGCUCUGGAUCCUGAUUUUAAAGUCAUUGAGAGUGCAUAUCCUUUUGUUAUUGGGAGACUUAUAGCAGACCCAAGUCCUGAUAUGAGAAGAAUUUUGAGGGAACUUGUCAUUCGUAACAAUGGAUCGAUAAGGUGGAAUCGGCUAGAGCGCCUGGUAGCAGCAAUAUCUGAACAAGCCUCAGAGCUAACUGGAGACCCUAAUCCUGAAAAGUUCUCAAGUCCUUCAGUUUGGAAAUUAUUUGACAUGCAUGCUGUUGUUGAUUCGACUGAAGAUCUUUUGUUAUUCAUAUUAUCAGAGAAGGGUCACAGAGUACGUCUUUUCCUUCUCCGGGAUAUAGUAGAAGCAGCUGAUGUGUUUCUACAAGAUGAAGUGAUUGACUGUGCAUUAAAUGGGAAGCCUGAAGACCAGAGGUUAUUUCUCUUUGAGGAGCGAACUAUCCUCGCCAGGAUUGGAAAAGGCUUUCAAUACAUUCGUGAUGUGGUGAAGUUGGCGCCAGGGGAAUGGACAGUAAUGCUUAUUCGAAUGGCAGUAAAGCCCGAGGUUCACAAAUUUGCUUUAGACAUUUUUUCAGCUUUAGCUUUGCGUUCUAGUCAUAGAUUGCAGGUAGCUUAUUGGCUCUAUAUAUCGAUAAUUCUACACAAAUUAUCAGAUUAA